AUGGAACCCUUUUCCACACAAACUUCCGGUUUCAUUUCCCUACUAGCUUCGCAAACAAGUCCAUUCCCUAACUGCGACCCUCCAGAAGCAGUAGCUAACUCUCCUGGGUUAGUGAAACCGGCUUCCAAGAGGAAGUGGACAACUAAAGAGGACCUUGUGCUCAUCAGUGGUUGGCUGAACACGAGCAAGGACCCUAUUGUCAGUAAUGAGCAGAAGAUCACCUCCUUUUGGAGGAGGAUAGAGGCGUACGUGAAUUCUAGCACUCUGCUCACUGGCAGCGCUCCAAGAGAGUGGGGUCAGUGUAAGCAGAGGUGGGGAAGGGUCAACGAGCAAGUGUGCAAGUUUGUAGGAAGCUACGACGCGGCUUUGAAGCACCAAUCAAGUGGUCAAAAUGAUGAUGAUGUGAUGAAGGCUGCCCAUGAGAUUUUCUUCAAUGAUUACCAAGCGAAAUUCACCAUGGAACACUGUUGGAGGGAACUGAGACAUGAUCAGAAGUGGAAGUCAGUUUUGAAGUCAAGAGAUGGCGGGAAGGAGAAAACGAAGGAAGCUGAACAGGUAAUGGCUGAGGACGAGGUUAGACCAGCUGGUGUUAAGGCUGCUAAAGCAGCCAAACGCAAGAGGUUGCUUUGUCAGGAGUUGCAAGAUCACGGGUUGGUGUCUGUUGCUGUCUCACGGGCGACGUUUUCGAAUGCUUUUUGUCAGGACUAUUUCAGUGAAAAUCCUACAUACACACACGACUUGUUUAGGCGACGUUUUCGAAUGAACAAGUCAUUGUUCCUUCGCAUUGUCGAACGUCUAGGUAAUGAAGUUCCAUACUUUCAACAACGGAGAAAUGGUCAUGGAAGGAACAACCUAUCUACACUUCAAAAAUGCACUUCAGCUAUGAGAAUGUUGGCUUACGGUCGUGCCGGAGAUGCGAAUGACGAGUAUCUCCGACUUGGGGCAAGUACUGCAAUUUUAUGUUUGGAGAAUUUCGCGGAAGCGAUAAUACAAGUGUUUGGAGAUGAGUAUCAAAGAAAACCAACACCUGAAGAUCUUCAAAGACUACUUGAUUCUGGAGAGGCACGAGGGUUUCCGGGAAUGAUAGGCAUCAUCGAUUGUAUGCAUUGGGAGUGGAAAAACUGCCCAACUGCUUGGAAAGGUCGAGCUCCUAAAGUGAAGUUCAAGGUGAACAACCACACUUAUCGUAUGCCCUACUAUCUUACCGACGGGAUUUAUCCUAAUUGGGCAACAUUUAUCCAAUCCAUCCCGCUUCUUCAAGGUCCUAAAGCAGUGGCAUUUGCAAAACGUCAAGAAUCGACCAGAAAAGAUGUAGAACGGGCAUUUGGAGUCUUGCAAUCGAGGUUUGCAAUUGUUAAAAACCCUGCUCUUAAAUGGGACAAAGAAAAGAUAGGAAAGGUAAUGAGAGCCUGUGUCAUAUUGCACAAUAUGAUAGUAGAGGACGAAAGACAAGGAUACAUUCUAGCUAAUACAUCUGAGUUCGAGUCAGGAGAAUCUAGCCGAAGUUCGAAGGUGACAAGGAGAGAAAGUGUGAAUGUUGAUAUGCUUAACAUUCGCAAUCAGGUUCGGGAUUCACAAAUUCAUGAGCGUCUCAAAGCUGAUUUAGUUGAAAAUGUAUGGGCAAAAUUUGAUGAUCGUAGUGACUAA